UUUCUUACCACGGCAUAGACUUUUCCUUACCAAAGGAUCUGUAGCAUGAGGAUUGUUCUAACUCAGCUACCAGACAUGCAACAUGCUUAUAUUGAUUAGUCUAUAUCCGUGUACCUAGCCGGCGUUGAAGUCUACUGAGAAGACCAAAGGCAACUAGUGAGGUUGGUUCUUCUAUAUAGGAGGAGGUUAAUUGCCAUUUACCAGUACGAGUAUCACCAAGGCUACGGCUAGCUAAUUCCUUACAGCAUGCUCAAGUUGCAGGAGAAGAUGACCCUUCUCCUCCCCUCCGUUCCUUCCCCACAGCCACAGGCAAAUCUCCUCAUGCCGAUGUUAAUAGUACUGAUGGCCCUUGAGCUCCUCGUGGCAACAGUCACCGCUGCCCCGUUAGCCUUGCCUGGCUGCCCGGAGGCCUGUGGCGGCGUCACCGUCCCCUACCCUUUUGGCUUCCGGCAAGGCUGCUUUCACAAGGGCUUCAACCUCACCUGCGACGAGACGGGCCAUCAGCUGAAGCUGUUCCUGCAUGACGACGUGGAAGUGGACGCCAUCUCACUGGUGGGCGGCACGGUGCGUGUCCAGAGCAAGAUCGUGAACGGCGAGUGGGACUACAGGAACGCGCCAUACCAAGCGCUUAACCGAAACAGGAGCGUUCUGUCUGGGAAGCCCUAUAUUGGCUACGACGGCUCGUGGUCUGGCGGCCUAACGGUGUCGGCCGAGCACAACGUAUUCGUGGCCAUCGGAUGCAACUUCAUCGGCUACCUCGCUGCAGGCAGUGACCGGGGUUCCGUGUACGUCAGCGCAUGCGCCACGCUGUGUGACUCAGAUUAUCCGCCACCCGGGGACACCUCGUGCUCGGGCGUCGGCUGCUGCCGGACGACCAUCUCGCAGGGUUUGCCCGCGUACGGGGUGCAGCUCAAGGAUUUGAACCAGACUGAAGCCGCGUACGCAGGCAAAGGCAAACCCGUUAGUUCACGCCUUUUGUCCGGGGCAGCCUUCAUUGUCGAUCGCGAGUGGUUUACCGGGAUUAACGUAGGCGCCAUGCAGAAUAGCACUUUCGGUGAUUUCGGAAGCUCGUAUCGAUCUCGUCGGAGCAGUCCCAAGGUGACCAGGGUACCCACCGUGCUGGAAUGGUGGCUGGAUGUAAAAAGCGACCGUGACUUGGUCGUGUUGGAUCCCCAUUCUGUAUCAGGUUGGAGAUGCAUGAGCUUGAACAGCUCCGCUGCAAACAUCGACGGUGGAGUGAACAAGGUAAGGUGCAACUGCUCGGAUGGAUACCAAGGCAACCCUUACAUCAUUCACGGAUGCCAAGAUAGGGCGAGGCUGAGCAGCAUUGAGGUCUCCUUUUUCUCUGGUCAUAGAAACUCUGAUUGCUUGGUUGGACUUGAACCACCGAAGCAGUUUGUGGCCAUCUCCUUGCCCGGGAUGGUACGGCAAGACCAAUUGACCAACACAGCGAUCGACCGAUGCCUCCGGUCUGCGAAGGUCACUAUAGGCAUAGACAAGUUGGACAUGAGUUUCCAAAUAAAACACAAGAUUGUCAGGCCACUGAUUAUGCCCAGGAUGGCACGAGCCUGUUCAGAUGUCAAACACCUUGACGAAACCCUCAAAUCCAGCACCGUGUGCCGUGCACCGGCUUCUGUCAAGGAGUUCCACCCGUCCGAUAUCGAUGAGUGCCAACAGCCAGUUUAUCCAUGCGUGCAUGGGACCUGCAUUAAUAUGCCGGGGACAUACCGAUGUGCAACAAAGAAACGUAUCAUCGGCCUCCCAGGUUUAAUUACCGCAAUUGCAGUAACUGCUGGUUUUGGGUUACUGUUUUCACUUCUGGGUGCUGCCAAAAUCACUAAUAAACUCAAGCAACGAAGAGCCAAAAAGUUGAGACAAAAAUUCUUCAAGAAAAAUCAUGGAUUGCUUCUACAACAGUUAAUCUCUUCAAACAACGAUAUAGCCAAAAGAACAAGGAUUUUUAGCUUGGAAGAACUGGAGCAAGCGACCAACAAUUUUGACCAUAAUCGCAUCCUUGGUGGAGGUGGCCAUGGCACGGUGUACAAAGGCAUCUUAUCUAAUCAACGUAUUGUGGCCAUCAAGAAGGCCAAAAUUAUUGUACAAAGGGAAAUCGACCAGUUCAUCAACGAGGUUGUCAUACUUUCACAGACAAACCAUAGGAAUGUGGUGAAGCUUUUUGGUUGUUGCCUCGAGACAGAAGUUCCUCUACUUGUUUACGAAUUCAUAUCAAAUGGAGCUCUUUCAUUUCAUCUCCAUGGCCAAAGUGAGAACCCAUUAUCAUGGAAAGAUAGGUUGAGGAUUGCACUGGAAACUGCAAGGGCCAUUGCAUAUCUACACUCUGCUGCUUCAAUAUCAGUAUACCACAGAGAUAUCAAAUGUGCAAAUAUACUACUUACCGAUACCUUGACAUCAAAAGUAUCCGAUUUUGGAGCUUCAAGGUCUAUUGCAAUAGAUGAGACAGGAAUACUUACAGCUGUCCAAGGAACCUAUGGUUACCUUGAUCCUGAAUACUACUACACUAGUCGACUCACGGAGAAAAGCGAUGUUUACAGCUUUGGUGUCAUCCUAGCAGAGCUACUGACAAGGGUGACACCAGUUUUUUCUUCUCAUUCAUCAGAAGGGACAAGCCUAGCAUCACAUUUUGUAUCACAUAUAAGAGACAAUCGAUUCUCAGAUAUUCUAGAUGCACAAAUUGUUGAGGAGGGAGGGGCUGAAGAUGCUGAGGUGGUUGCAAGACUCGCAGAAGCAUGCUUAAGUUUAAAAGGUGAAGAAAGGCCUACAAUGAGACAAGUGGAGACAAUACUUGAAGAUGUUCAGAACUCAAGAGUCAAUCUUAGUUCUCAGAUCACAAGAGUGAACCGAAAUGCUACAAAUGAUCAGCCAUACAAGCGAAGUAAAGGCGGAGAAGAAACUAGACUGUACAGCUUGGAAAAAGAGUUCAUAGAGUCGUCUGAAAUUCCAAGAUGAUUUUACUUACAUGGUGAAGUGUUGCAUUUGCUUUUAUUAGUUUGGGUGCCAAUUUGGAGCUAUGAAUUGUAGCAUGCAUAUAGCGGUAACCCAGAGGUGAGCACAGGCUCAUCGAGGGCGUAGUCCACCUUAGGCUUUUGUGCUACCGGUGCGUCCACAGUUCAAAACUCAUGCAAUAUUUUUUUUAAACUUCUAAAAAUAAUUGAGUACAUAGAGACAAGAUACAUGGACAUCAUCUUGGUGCAUGUAUGCGUGUUUACUGUACUGGAUACAUAAAACUGCAACUAUAUACUCUUUUGUAUCAUCUAGCAACCCAAGUUGAACCCAUACACGUACACAUACAAAAACUAGAUAUGUAUCAGGAUAAUCAUGCAAUGUGAAAAAGAGAAGCAAUAUGAUGAUUUUGAGAGU